GGAACUACAAAGAUUUCAUUUAAAUAUAGCACGAUUGAAACCAUACCAAAUUAAUAAUAAUAGCGAGUUAAACCUCUAAAGCGAACUAGAGAAGUUAGCUUUUAAAAGUUACAAGUUUACGUUCACCGAGCUCAGCUCCACCCCCUGGUUACCCACCUGUUCUUGUCAGAUAACGACCAGAGGCACCGUUAGGCAAAAUUGCAUAUUUUUUCAUCAGCUUAACAGGCUGCUCAUGCACUGCUGUGUUCAAUAAACGGUAACAUCUUUGGUUGCCGCUUCACCAAAGGUUAACGUUAGACUAACGGUAACAUUGCCCUUCGACAUAGCCAGCUGCCAUGGCCUCAGGUGGGGCCCCACUGCCACCCUCGGCCAACCAUUGUGCCACCAAGGUGGAGCUGACCAUCUACUGUGAGAACCUCAUGGACAUGGACAUCUUCUCCAAGUCAGACCCUUUGUGUGCCUUGUACAUCAACACCUCAGGCUCCCACUGGUCUGAGUUUGGACGCACAGAGAUGAUCCUGAACUGCCUGAAUCCAAAGUUUGCCAAGAAGUUUGUGAUCGACUACUAUUUCGAGAUGGUGCAGAGGCUAAAGUUUUGUGUGUAUGACAUCGACAAUGACAGCCACAGCCUGACUGAUGAUGAUUUUCUGGGGGAGAUUGAGUGUACCCUGGGUCAGAUUGUUUCAAGCAGGCAGAUGACCCGACCUUUACUGCUGAAUAACAAGAGGCCUGCAGGUCAUGGGACCAUCACAAUUUGUGCUGAAGAAAUAAUAGACAACAGGGUGGCAAACUUUGAGGUGUCGGCUCGCAGGUUAGACAAAAAGUUUUUGUGGUGGUCCGACCCUUUCCUGGAAUUCUACAAGCAGACACAAACUGGAUGGCAGUUGGCUUACAGAACAGAGGUGGUCAAAAACAAGCAAAACCCAGUCUGGAGACCCUUCACCAUCUCAUUGCUAUCCCUCUGUGGAGGAGAUGUGGAGAGACCUAUAAGGGUGGAUUGUUAUGACAACCACGUCAACGGCUCCCAUCAGCUCAUCGGCAGCUUUACAGCAACACUUGCUGAGAUGCAAAUUGCAACACGCAUUUCUGCGGCAGAAUUUGAGUGCACUCAUCCAAAAAAGUCAAAGAAGAGGAACUAUAAAAACUCUGGGAUCAUUUGCAUCAACAACUGCCAGGUGGAGAAGCAGUAUACCUUCCUGGAUUAUAUCAUGGGGGGUUGUCAAAUCAACUUCACUAUUGCCAUUGACUUCACAGCCUCUAACGGGAAUCCCAACGUUCCCAAUUCCCUCCACUUUAUCAACCCUGCGGGAUAUAAUGAAUACCUGAAAGCCAUCUGGGCGGUGGGGAAUGUCAUCCAGGACUACGACAGCAACAAGAUGUUUCCUGUCUUUGGUUUUGGAGCCGAGCUACCUUUCUCUCAGCGAGUUUCCCAUGAGUUUCCUAUCAAUUUCAAUCCAUCAAAUCCAUUCUGUGUGGGAAUAGAGGGUGUGGUGCAGGCUUACCGGCAGUGUCUACCCCAGCUGAAGCUCUCGGGCCCCACAAACUUCGCUCCGAUUAUCAACCAUGCGGCCUGCUUCGCCAGACAAGCUCUACAGCAGAAUGUGGCCUCACAGUACUUCGUGCUGCUCAUUAUCACAGAUGGAGUGAUCACAGACAUGGACCAGACAUGCACGGCUAUUGUCAAUGCUUCUCGUCUCCCCAUGUCCAUCAUCAUAGUGGGCGUGGGGGGGGCAGACUUUGGCGAAAUGGAGUUCCUCGACAGUGAUGAUGUAUUGCUGUGUUCACCCAGAGGUCUUGUCGCCACAAGGGACAUUGUGCAGUUUGUGCCCUUCAGAGAUUUCCAAGAAAACAGCGCGGCCCUUGCUCAGAGUGUCCUGGCCGAGCUGCCUGAUCAAGUGUCCUCUUUCUUCAAUUUAUUCAAGUUGAAACCCCCUUAUGUAUCCAGUGUUUCUGAGCCGUCUUAGAAAGGUUUGUUAAAGUAACCCACAUAAAUCUUAUGUCCUGCAGCCUCUUUCUUGGAUUCCUUUAUGGAUUGUUGCAAAUAAAUGCCAAGAAGUGAACAUGGUUGAAAGAAUUGACCAACGUAUUCAUAAUUAACCUCAAACAUGUCACUUGUAAUGGAAAUAUGUGGCUACAAAUGAGAUAAUACAUAAGUUUAUGACAGCUUAUGGUAGACAACCACACCACUGACCAGAGUAUUUUUGUUGGGUAAUCUAUGGUGGGGCUCAAUUUGCAAUGUAAUUACAUACACGCUAUAUCGCCCCCCUUGACAGUGAAACGCCACGCGUGAGGUUUA